ACAGGAACUGAAUAGUGGGUGAACGUGGCUGAAUUUGAAAGCGAAUUCAGGACAUCUUUCCUUCCAGUUCACUGCGAUCUCAGAGUUUCCAGGCCUUGAUUACCCUCAUAGGAGAUAUGUCGAAUUCACAGAGACUAGCGUUCGCCAUUAUCGAACAUCUUUCUUCGCAGUUGAAAUCCGGUGCUGUGAUCGGCGAUGCAGCGGAGAGUUUAGACGUUUCUAUCCAGUGUUUAGAAGCUGUUUAUGAUAUAAACAGAAACGACCCUACACAAGUUGAAACAUUGAAGUGUGAUAAACCUCUAGGAGAAAUAUUUGAAACUGCAACCCAGACAAGGGGAGGAUCAACAGCUGCUCAGCCUACUGCCGAAGACAGGGCCAAAGCAGAAGAACUUAAAACUGAAGGAAACCAGUUGAUGAAAGAAGAAAAGUAUAAUGAAGCAAUACUGUGUUAUACCAAAGCCAUGGAAUUGGACAGUGCUAAUGCUGUCUUUCCUUGUAACAGGGCUGCUGCCUACAGCAAAAUGGGUGAACACCAAAAGGCAAUAGAUGACUGCCAGAAAGCUCUAACUCUGGACCCCAAUUAUGGAAAGGCUUAUGGACGAAUGGGUUUAUCAUAUCACAAUUUGAACAACCUCCAGAAAGCCAAGGAAAGCUAUGCAAAGGCUCUAGAAUUAGAGCCUGGCAGCGCAUUUUAUCAAAGCAGCUUAUCGCAGGUGGAAGAAAAGCUUAGGGAAUCCCAGCAAGGAGGGGUUGGUAACACCAGACCUGCUCCAGGAGGUCAGUAUGUGAAAAAGACUCUUUAUUGUAGUACAUAUCGUACAAAUGUAAUGGGGUUUUUUAUCACCAAGGGUCAUGGGUUCAAAUCCCAUCUGGAACUCAGAUUUUUUUCCAAGUUUAUGUCAUUUCUAUUAAUUUAUUGUGCUUUUAGGAUGACAAAUAUGAUGGGAGGCGGUGCAGGAGGUGGUGGAGGUGCCGCUGGCAUUUUUCAAGCUGCCCAACAGUUCGGUGAACAGAUGCAGCAGUCCAAUCCAGAGUUGUUUGAUCAGUUAAGAGGCCAGGCCCAGGCUGCCGUCGAUCAACACAGAGCACAGAAUCAACCCGGGGAAGGACAAGAUCCCAAACCAGAUGAUGGAGAUGCUAGUUCACAGUAACCCAGUGGUCCUUGAAUUCUGAUUAAUUAUAGCUAAAAAUAUUUAGUGUGUAUCAUAUUGGAUGGAUGAGCCUUGAAGAAUUAUAAAGGUAGAAAGAGAGAUCAGCAUAGCUUAGUCUGCCUGUUUUCCUCUGACCCAGAGUGCUGUUCAUUUUGGGAGAUUCUGUGAAGAACAAUUGUAUUUCCAGGCAGACACAAUCCUACAAAUCAAUAAGUAAUCUACCAAAAUGAACAGAUUAGGUAAGUGUCAGAUAUGAAAUGAAAAAGAAAAUAUUCUGUCCGUAGGGGCUUUGAUCUCUGCUGAAAAGAUAAACAUGCCAAGAAAACCUUAUUACCAAUCUGUUAAAGUGCACUCCUUCAGGUCACACUGUACAAGUGUUUCAACUUUCUUGUUGAUCUAAAGAGGAAUGAGUGACAGUCUA